AUGGCCUCAACCGCCCGCCAACGCCUCCAGGCUAUCAGCCAGCAGCUAGUCGAGGGCAUACCCGACGCAGGCACCUUCGAGGACAUCCCCAAGAUCCGCCAGGUCGCAGGCGACUCAGUCGGACCCCGAGUAAAAGACAAAGUCGCCAUUAUAACCGGAACAAACUCCCCACUCGGAAUCGGGCGCGCAACAGCACACCAAUACGCCCACAACGGCGCCAAAGCCGUCUACCUAUGCGACUACGUCUCGCAGCACCUCGAGACACACGCGCGGGAGCUCAAAUUGCUAUACCCAGGCGUCGACAUCCACACGCGCGCCUUCGACGCCGCAAACGAAGCGGAGCUGACCGCCGUGAUUGAGCACGCGGUCUCCACAUACGGCCGGCUGGACAUAUUCUUCGCGAAUGCGGGGGUUUCAGGCUCGAAUAGGCCGUUCUAUGAUGUCAAGGGUGAAGAGUUCGGAGAGACGCUGAGGAUUAACACCGUGGGUGUGUUUUUGGGCGCGAAGCAUGCUAGUAAAGCCAUGUUGAAGACGAGUAAGGAUAAGCCGUAUCCCGGUGGGAGUAUAAUAUGUACUGCGUCGGUGGCUGGGUUGCGAUCGAAUGCGGGUGCGACGGAUUACAGCGCCAGUAAGGCGGCUGUUGUAUCGAUUGCGCAGACUGUGGCGUACCAGUUGGCUGGGACGGGGAUCAGGAUUAAUGCGCUUUGCCCUGGGGUUGUGGAGACGGGGAUGACGGCUCCGAUGUAUGAGGCGGCGAGGGCGAGGGGGACGGAGAAGAAGAUUGGGCAGUUGAAUCCGUUGCGUCGCGGGGCUGUGGCGGAUGAGAUUGCGAGGGUUGCACUGUUCCUUGGAAGUGAUGAGAGCAGUUAUGUGAACGGACAGGCAUGGGCAGUUUGUGGUGGGUUGAGUGCUGGACAUCCCUUUGUGCCUGGGAAGAUAGCAUGA